UUUUGUUAAUGGCAAUUGGAAUUUCAUCAAAAUCACCAUUGUUUCAUAUCGAAGAGUUCGUGGUUUGUGCGCAUUCUAAAAAUAAUCAGUACUUUUCUAGCAUCGUGCAAUUCACCAAAUACUAAGGUUUCUUCAGAAGUUUUCUGUGAUUUUACUUCAAAAGAUUAUUUUGAUAUUGGAUUAACUGCUCCUAUCAUCAUGACUCCCAAUCUUCAAACAUUCGUCAACAGUUUUCAAAAUCGACUGGAACCGCCAGUCCGCCAGCAUUUAAAAAAUGUCUAUGGAACCUUGAUGAUGACUUGUGGUGCAGCUUUGGGUGGAGUGUUUGUUGAUAUGUACACCUGGUUCCAAGCUGGUAUCCUGUCUGCCAUUGUUGGGGCUGGUCUUAUGCUUAUGUUGAUUGCAACACCUGAUAAUGGAAAGAACACAAACUUGCGUCUUGGAUACCUCUUGGGUUUCGGACUUACUUCAGGAAUGAGUUUGGGACCACUCCUGGAGUAUGUGAGCUUCGUUGACCCAUCGAUUAUAGUAACAGCACUUAUGGGUAGUACAUUGGUGUUUGUCUGCUUCUCUAUUGCUGCAAUGCUGGCUGACCGUGGCAGCUGGCUGUUCCUUGGAGGAACACUUAUGACUCUCCUUACGUCUAUGUCUCUUAUGACCUUGGUCAAUAUCUUCAUGCAAUCUCACUUCUUGUAUCAAGCUCACCUUUACCUUGGAUUGAUGCUGAUGUGUGGCUUUGUGCUGUUUGACACUCAACUCAUCAUUGAGAAGCGCAGAAUGGGCAGCAAGGACUUUGUGCAACAUGCCCUGGAACUGUUCAUUGAUUUCAUUGGAAUGUUCAGAAGACUGCUCAUUAUUCUGUCACAGAAGGAAGAACAGAAUCGCCGCCGCAAACGUGAAUAAAUAUAGCGAUUUCACAAAAUCCUUAUUUACGCAAGACUUAACCAAUGUUACAAUACAUUGACAUACCUACACACAUAUGUGUAAGUUGCUCAAAUGAGUCACCAUCGAGCUGAUGCAACUAGCAAGUUAAGUUUCGCGAAGGCAAGGACCAUCUGCUCAUCAUUUUGGGAAGGAUCCUUCAAAUAUUAUUUUAUUUAUGAGUUGUUAACUAUAUGAUAUUUAAGAAAUUUACAAGUUUAUUAAAGGAUUAAAAUAAAUUGGAACUGUAUGAA